GUUUUCAUCCUCCCUUUCUUCUCCCACUUUUUCUCUCUAUCUUUCUCUCUGUACAGGGCUUAAAUCUUAAUCCCCUAUUUUUGUGGAGAGAGAAACGAAAGAGAGAUUCUAAAGUGCAUUAACUUUUCGUUUUCCUGCAAUAACCAGAGCAUUUCUCGGUUCUUUCUCUCCCGUUUAUUCCUUAGUACGACGCCGUCAGGAUUUGUUUUGCUGAUUUCCUAGCAAUGGCUGCUACUGCGACUGCUUCUAGUGUAAGAUAUGCACCUGAGGACCCCAGUCUCCCCAAACCAUGGAAAGGCCUGGUUGAUGGUAGAACUGGGUAUCUUUACUUUUGGAAUCCAGAGACAAAUGUAACCCAGUAUGAGAGGCCUACAAACUUGGCUCCUCCACCGACAUCUUCCUCAGUGCCCAUAAGCUCUUCUGUUCAAGUUCAACAAUCUUCUGAAGGACAGCGUCGUGGUUGUAGUCCUGAAAAGGAAGAUGAUAGGUAUGGUCGAGGGACCAAUGGCGUAUCAAAGCUUGAUGUUGGCUCAAGGGGCAAUCAGAAUUCAAGAGGAGCACCUGUUCAAUCACAUAAUGUCCCGAAUGGAACAGCAAGUGUGGGACAUGGAGGAUCAUCUAUGAGAGGUUGUGGAUCGUCAACUGCUGCAGUCAGUUUGUCUCCUGAUGCUUAUCGCCGGCGACAUGAAAUAACUGUGUCUGGUGAUGAUGUGCCCCCGCCUUUUAUGUCAUUUGAAGCUACUGGUUUUCCUUCUGAGAUUCUUAGAGAGGUACACAAUGCUGGAUUCUCUGCACCAACUCCAAUUCAGGCACAGUCGUGGCCAAUUGCUUUGCAAAAUAGGGACAUAGUCGCCAUUGCAAAAACGGGAUCUGGAAAAACAUUGGGUUAUCUAGUUCCAGGUUUUAUUCAUCUGAAGCGCCGCCAUAAUAAUCCUCUAUUGGGUCCUACUGUUUUGGUAUUGUCACCAACGAGGGAGUUGGCAACUCAGAUACAAGAUGAAGCUGGGAAGUUUGGGAAGUCAUCGAGAAUUGCUUGCACAUGUUUGUAUGGAGGAGCACCCAAGGGUCCUCAGUUGAAAGAUAUAGACAGAGGAGUAGAUAUUGUGGUUGCCACUCCCGGUCGCUUGAAUGAUAUUCUUGAGAUGAGGAGAAUCAGCCUCAAUCAAGUUUCUUACCUUGUGCUUGAUGAGGCUGAUCGCAUGUUAGACAUGGGCUUUGAACCUCAGAUAAGAAAGAUUGUGAAGGAAGUGCCUGUCCGUCGGCAAACCCUCAUGUAUACUGCAACAUGGCCAAAGGAAGUUCGGAAAAUUGCUGCAGAUCUAUUGGUGAAUCCGGUUCAGGUCAAUAUUGGCAAUGUUGAUGAGCUUGCAGCCAACAAGGCCAUCACGCAGUAUAUAGAAGUAUUGGCACCCAUGGAAAAACACAGAAGAUUGGAGCACAUACUGCGUUCUCAAGAACCAGGAUCGAAGAUAAUUAUAUUUUGUUCAACCAAAAAGAUGUGUGAUCAACUUGCUCGAAAUCUUACACGCCAAUUUGGAGCUGCUGCUAUUCAUGGAGACAAAUCUCAGAGUGAGAGGGAUUAUGUGUUGAAUCAGUUUCGUACUGGGAGGUCUCCAGUGCUUGUAGCCACUGAUGUUGCUGCUCGAGGAUUGGACAUUAAAGACAUCAGGGUGGUUGUCAACUAUGACUUCCCUACCGGAGUUGAGGAUUAUGUUCAUAGAAUUGGUAGGACUGGCAGGGCUGGUGCUACUGGACUGGCUUAUACAUUUUUUGGUGACCAGGAUGCAAAGUAUGCUUCAGAUCUUAUUAAACUUUUAGAAGGAGCAAACCAACGAGUACCUCCUGAACUUCGUGAAAUGGCUUCACGUGGUGGUGGUAUGGGCAGGCCUAGACGUUGGGGUACUGGUCCUGGUGGUCGUGAUGGGGGUCGUGGUGGACGCAUUGACUCAGGUUAUGGGGGAAGGGAUGGUGGGAGGGGUAGUUGGGGUAUUUCUAGUUCCUCUUCUAGAGGUGGAGGCCGUGGAGAUGAUCAUGAGUCACGUGACAGGAGCCGCUACCAUGACGGGCAUGAUAGGGGUCGUAGUCCCAGUCGAAGCCCUGGCAAAGGGUCUGGCUGGGGUGAUCGUAGUAAAAACUGGAAUUGUGACCGUAGCCGCAGUAGGAGCCCACCCUUUGCACGCGGACGCUCCCCACCACGUAGCUUUCACCAGGCAAUGAUGGAACGGGGUCGGACAUCUCCACCCCCUCACCAACGUGUACCACCUUACAACAGUGACAGACCAAGGGAACGCAAGAGUCCAUUUCAUGAAAGAUCACCAAGGGGUGCAAAUGGUCAAGCCCAUUAUGGGGAAGAAGAAGAGGAAGGGAUGAUACACCCAGAAUGAUUAUGGAACGAGGUUAUCUUGGAGGUCAAGAGGAAGGAUGGGCAGCAUGGUUACUAAAUCCAUACCGUAAAAGUUUUUUGUUGAUGGUAUCUCCUGAUGCUGCUUGCUAUCUUUGCUGGUUUUGGUCGGAAGUUGGGGCAUUGUAGGAGUAACAAGUUGAAUUUUGUUGAAUGUGUUGCCCUUAAUAAAAAGGGUCAAUCAGGUGGGAUCUUUAAGUAUAUGUAGUUUCUUACAGUUUUUUGGUAAAUGAAGGGAAAAUGCAAAAUAUGGAAAUAGGUGUUAUGCAGCAACGGAAGCAUAACAAAGUUUUUUGAUGUGUUGGGCCUUGUAGUUCUGUGACUUGCUUUUAUACUUAUUACACUCUAAUAUAGAAGACUAAUCUUAUUCAUUGUUGUUUAGGUAGUCAUUUUUUUUAAAAAGCUAUGUAGAAGAACCUGAGGUUUAACUUUAACCUUCUUAUUUUUUAA